AUGCCUACUUACUCUCACGGCCUCCUUCCCUUCCCUCCCCAUCCUCCUCCUACUCGCUCUAUGCUACUUCCGAGCCAGCUAUUCGUUGUAAGCAAUCGCGACGACGCAAUUCACGAACAUCACGCUACUUCUCACCGCUCCAUCCACCCAUCCACUAAUCCAUGCAUCUACCGCCACAUCCUAUCGCAUCAUUGGGCACCUCAACUCUCGAUUGCCUGCAACAUAGGGAACGCGGCGGUGGCGGCCGGGGCCUUCAAGUCUUUUCAUUUACUUUCCCGCAAGCCCCCACCCACAUCCUCAUAUCGCUUCCAACAACCCACCACGAACCACCCACACACCUACCCAGCCACCGCACCUACCUACCUACCUACACCCGCCACUCAUCGAAACACACCACAGCUAUAA